ACGCCGUAUAAACUCUUGCCGUUCGUCGUUGUGUUGUCGCCGGCCGCCAUUGAAGUCCUAGAAACCCUCUUCCCAGUUCCCAACUCUCAACCUCAAUCGGUCACUCGUCACUGUAGAGAAAGAAAGAUAGAAUGCAAGAAAAAAUAGCAGAGGAGGAGAUGGUGACACCAGGGGAAGUAUUGGGCAAAGGAUCCGAAGUGAAAGCAGGGAGGGGAGCAUAUAUCGCACCCUACAAUAACACCGUCUACGCCUCCCUCACCGGCCGCCGUUGCAUCGUUCCUUCGUCGCCUGAAUCUCCAGACCAGAGGCCAACUGUGGAAGUGAUUGGACACAAAGCCCACGGUCCUGUUCCUGAGCCAGGUUGUGUUGUCAUUGCUCGAGUAACUAAGGUGAUGGCUAGGAUGGCUUCUGCUGAUAUUAUGUGUGUUGGUUCGAAAGCUGUGCGAGAAAAGUUCUCUGGCAUCAUCAGGCAACAAGAUGUCAGAGCAACCGAGAUUGACAAAGUAGAUAUGCAUACAUCCUUCCGCCCUGGUGACAUUGUCAAAGCUUCGGUACUUUCUCUAGGAGAUGCGCGUGCAUAUUAUCUUUCAACUGCACAAAAUGAACUGGGCGUUGUAUCGGCAGAAAGCAUGGCAGGCGGCACGAUGGUUCCAAUUAGCUGGACGGAGAUGCAGUGUCCGUUGACUGGUCAAAUUGAGCAGAGAAAGGUUGCUAAAGUUGGAGCUUGAAAUCAAGAUUCAUGAUUGUUAGAAGCUGUUUUUAGUGUAUCUGAAGACUAAAUCAACUGCUAGUUGUCAAUCUUACCUUCCAAAAUUUUCAUAUAAUUGAGGUCUCUCUCUCUCU